CGCGGCUCGGCCCCACACUGACUCCGCCACACUCUGGUUCCGCCCUCCAGCCGGAAGGCCGAGGGCUUCCGGCGCACGGGAUAUCAACGGGGCCCCCUUGGCUUCGAACCUGGCUCCUUUUUAAACAUUUUUAAAGGGCAUGUUGUUCUGAAAAUGAGUUUGGUGCUUAGAAAUCUGCAACGAGCUGUCCCCAUCAGGAGAGCGCCUCUUCGCAAGAAGUUGGAGAUUGUGAGGAGUAUAUUAGGGGUGCAGAAAUUUGACCUGGCGAUCAUCUGUGUUGACAACGAGAGUAUUCAGCACAUUAAUAAAAUCUACAGAGAGAAAAAUCUGCCAACAGAUGUGCUUUCCUUUCCAUUUCAUGAGAAUGUAAAAGCAGGUGAACUUCCCCAGCCUGAGUUUCCAGAUGACUACAAUUUGGGUGACGUUUUCCUAGGAGUGGAGUAUAUCUUCCAGCAAUGCAAAGGGAAUGAGGAUUACUAUGAUGUCCUUACCGUGACUGCCACCCAUGGGCUCUGUCACCUGCUGGGCUUCACACACAGCACGGAGGCUGAAUGGCAGAAGAUGUACCAGAAGGAAAAGCAGGUUCUCGAGGAGCUGAACCGGCGCACCGGGACCAGUCUCCAGCCCCUAAGUAGGGGCCUCUUCUGACUGCUGGAAGCCCAAGAUGUCUUCGACUUCUCAGCACCCCACACCAAGGGGCAGGAGGGCACGGCCAUGAGAACAAAAUGGUUUCUUCACUCAUACGUCUUCUGACAUGAAGUGCUAGGAGUCUGUGCAGACCCCACAGGUUAAGGGUUCAGUCCCACAGCACUGCCCCCACUUUGGAGCAGGGUAUACACGCCUCUGUCCGCCUCUACCACAGAUCAGGGGACUGCGGGGGUUUGGGGCUCUGGACAGAAGUGGGGGUGAAGACCAAACCUGUAGCUCUUACAGCACACAGUCAAGUUCUGCACCGCCAGCCUCCACCCCGUGCCCCAGGCACUUGGAACUCAGACCCCCCUCCCAGGCAG